AUGGAAGACCUGUCUCCGCUCCUGCUAUUGUCGGAAGGUUAUGCUUUCUUACAAUGGCAGACAGAGGGUGGCGGGCACGGGUGUGAGGCGCGGGGCGCGGGAGGAGAGCGCGCGCGGCAGCUGACCGGCGGCGCGCGGCUCAUGUGGGCGGCCGGCGCCUGCUGCUCGCGCCAGCCAGGUGAUGACGACGGUAGCGGUGAUCACUUCUGUUGCCACCUUACGUAA